AUGGAUUAUGAAGAUUUUUCUUUGGAUUGGGAUGAUACUCAUCUAUCUGUUACAGAAUCUGAAUGUGAACACUCUUUUAUCCGUGAUGAAAAAGGUAUACAUACCCGAGAGAAUUGUUUGAUUUGUGUUUUUAAUUUACUUCAUUCGCUUUAUUUACAUAUGCCCACUUAUUCUAAUUUAUAUGCCGCCAUGGAAUAUGUACUAACCUUAUCGGUAACUCAGGUUAAUUGUGAACGCGUAUUUAGCAAAUUAAAAAUUAUAAAAAAUCGUCUACGCGCUUCAUUAUCUAAUGACCGCUUAGAUGCUUUUUUAUUAAUGUCUGUAGAAAAAGAAAUAUUAAAUGAUUUAAAUUUUGAAGAUAUUUUGGAAAUUAUUAAAAACUCAUCUCAUACUUUAUCUAAAUUAUUAUCGUUCACAUAA